AUGCAUUAUUCCAAUCCUGAAGCAAGAAUUGACAACAGAAUGACAGAUAUUAAUGCCAGAAACUACAAAUUCAACUUAGAAGUUCUGCCUACCAUCGUUGAAGCUGUUAUUAUGUGUGGAAAGCAGAGGAUUGCCUUGCAAGGUUGUAAGCAAGAUAAAAUCAACUUCGACAGUCCUGCAACACGAAACGAGGGAAAUUUUAUUGCAUUGGUAAGGCUGCUUGCUGGCACCAAUUCUUGCUUGGAUCAGCAUCUCAGGACUGGACCUGCAAAUGCAAAGUACAUCAGUAAAAACAUUCAGAACAAAAUAUUAGAGAUUGCUGCUGACCAGAUUCAAGAUUUCUACAGAGAAUGCUUGAGGGAAUGGGCACACUUUUCAGUUGUAGCAGACGAGGUUACAUCUCAUGGGCAAGAAAUAUUGUCAGUUUGUUUACGGUUCUUAGAAGUUCAAAAAGGUAACUUUGAGCUGAAGCCAAAGAAACAUGAAGUCUUGCUGGAUUUCGCCUUUCUUCAAAGGAUAACUGGGGAAUCUAUUGCACAGGGUAUCCUAUGUGUUCUUGAAAAGCAUAAGAUUGACAUCAGGAAUUGUCGAGGACAAGCGUAUGAUACAACCAAUUCAAUGAGCUCAUCCAGUGUUGGUGUGCAAGCGCAUAUCAAACGUGUGGCACCUGAUGCAGAUUAUCAAGGCUGCUGCUUGCACAGUCUGAAUCUAGUAAUAUGCAAGUCGUCACAAAUAACGGCAAUUAGGAACAUCUUUGACAGUUGCCAGCAAGCAUACCUAUUUUUCCAUAACUCUCCCAAACGACAGAGAUUUCUGGAACACGUUAUUAGCUGUCAGUGCCCAGCUACCAAGAAGACAAAAAUCAAUGGUUUGUGCAAGACGAGAUGGGUUGAGAGGCAUACAACUUUUGACACAAUUCUGGAACUUUACACCUAUCUUAUUGAAACCUGGGAUGAGAUAUGUUACCCAAGCAAUUGUGACAAACUUUAUCCUGAUGGAAGCAACUGGAAAUGGGAUUCAGAAACACGAACUGCUGCAAAUGGCUUGAGGUACACAUUUGUUGGAUUUGAGCACAUUGUAGUUUUCAUGCUUGUGAAGCAGCUUCUUGAACCCAUACGUCCAAUUGCAGAGUGUCUGCAAGCAAGGUUGCAGGAGUUGUACUUUGGCUUCAAGAAAGUUGACGAAGUUGUCCAAUUUUACAAAAGGAUUUGA